AGCGGCAUCCUCAGGCCUCAGCCCGACCCGAAGCCCGGGGCUCCCCGCCGUUUCCAACUCGGCAACUCCCGAUCGGCUGCCUCGGCCUCGAUCUAGGGUUUCGGCGCCCGGUCUCCUACGUCCUACCCUCCCCGUGCUCACCGUGUCCCUCGCUCGCGUUCAACUCGCCUUCCGGCAAAGCGGAGGCGAAGGCGAAGGCGAAGGCGAAGGCGAGCGGGGGCGCUUCUCUGCGGCACCACGUGACCUAUUUGAGGCCGUGCGUCCAUGGCGGCGAUGGGGCAGGAGGAGGAUGACAUCGAUCACUACGAGGUGCUCUGCCUCCCAUCGGGGGAGGAAGGCGCGGCGCUGACCAUCGAGCAGAUUGAGAAGGCCUACCGGACGCAGUCGCGGCAGCGCCACCCCGACAAGCGCCCCGACGAUCCCAACGCCACCGCCGACUUCCAGCGCCUCUCGAGCUCAUACAAGCUACUGCGGGACGAGUCCCUCCGCCGCCAGUUCGACGCGCGCCUCCGCGGCCGCCGUGAGGCAGCGGCCCGCGCCGCCGCCUCGGGCGUCAAGCGCCGUAAGGCGGUCUCCGACCUCGAGGAGCGCGAGCGCGCCGCCGCCGCCGGCCAGCCCGCCAACCCCGAAGAGCUCGCCAAGCGCGAGAUGAAGCAGAAGGCCGCCGACAUCGAGCGCGAGCUCGAGCAGUUCCGCACCGCCAAGCAGGCUGCCGCUGCAGGCGCCACGGCAUCUUCGGCGUAUGGAGAUAAGAAGGGUGGAGCCUCGCAAGAUGGGGUGAAAACAGACAAGGGCAAGAUCUUGAAGGUUUCAUGGGAUGGGAGUGCUGAUUCUUAUACUGCAGCAAAGUUGGAAGAACUCUUCCAGAAAUUCGGCAAAGUCGAAGACAUAGUAAUCAAGACAAGGAAAUCAAGGAGUAAGGGCUCAGCAAUUGUAGUCAUGGGCACCAAAGAAGCUGCACUAUUAGCAAUACAGAACCAUUUUUCUCUGUUUCCAUUAAAUGUCGCUCCUGUUCAAGAAUCGGGUGGGUUACCAGCAAGGCCAUCUCAAACACAUGAAUCGAGGGCAAGCAACAUCGAUGGAACUGGAUUUAGCGAUUUGGAAGCGUCGGUAUUCCGGAAACUCCAGGAGGCCCAGAAAAGGAAACAAUGUGGCUGAUUGCUUCUUUCUGAAACAUGAGUUGGUACUUAUGUAUGACAUGUUGCGCAACAGACAACACCUGAGGAUUGCUGGGGUAGCCGAGUAACAGAAAUCAGAACUACACAUUUGUUUAGUAACAAGUCCUGUAGCAGCGACAGAUGAUUUUUUUGGUCAGUCAACAAAUUGUACCAUGUAUGUAUGAAUAGUCUGUAAUCAUAAUCCUUAACUGUGUACUGGACUAUGUCAUCCAACAUGAUGUGACCAUUUUUUGCUGCAAAAUGGGAAAAGGAGGCCUCGCGGAAUGGUUCGUUCACAGGUGCUUGUUGCCUUGAUCUUUAGUAAUCUCAGUUCUUAACUAUGUACUCUAGUAUGUCUCAUCACAAUGGUCGGUGUACAAAUUGUACCCUGUAUGUACUCGAGUAUAUGAUACUACCCCUUUUUUGGCUU